GGGCCGCCAAGAUGGUUGUCAAUGUUGAUAAGUGAUAUUUGACUAUGCGCGUUCACAACCGACUUGGCAAGGAAUACACAGCACUCGACUAGCUGUUGCAAAAUCAUGUGCAUAGAAACAAUCCGCCUAUGGUUGCUAUGAUAUAAAAACAGUUAUUGUACGCGUGUUGAAAGUGCAUCACGAAGACGACGACGACAACGGUGGUGGCAGUGGCGACUACAACGACGACGACGACGAAAACAGCGAGAAGGAGGCUCCUCGAGCUAUGGCAGAUACCGAGGAUGCCGAGCAGGAGAUUCGUAAGGCACUCAUCGUUAUCCAGUCGAUGAUCGACAUCUCCGCGGAGCGACUAGAGGGCCUUCGAACUCAGUGCUCCACCAGUGCCGAGCUAACCCAGCAAGAGAUCCGCACUCUCGAGGGAAAGCUAAUAAAAUUAUAUUCAAAGCAACUUGUCUCCAAAGCAAAACUUGCUAUUGAAUCGUUACCAGCAGAAAUGAGACAAUACCCAUCUCUGCAACAAUGGCUUACAGUUGUAGGUCUCACACAAGAAUCCAUACAGAUGGUUUGUUCAAAAGCUAACUCUUUAGAAGCUUUAAAAGAAAAGUCUGAGCAUGAAUUAGGUACAAUGCUGGGUGAAAAUAAUAUUAAGCAUGAAGAAGAAUUACGUAGGUUAUGUAGAGCACUUCACAAUCUUCGACGCUACAUGGAUGCACUGAGUAGGGGUGAUACAGAUAAUAGUGAUAUGAAUCUAUAUUGGGAUUCUUGGGACAGACAUCAUAUGAAGAGUGGUCCUUCACCUAGACCUAUUCGUUCUCGGGCUACCAGAAGUUCUGUACCUUCCGAAGAUAGCAUUCCGUACAAUAAUAAUAAUAAUUUCAACAGUGAUAUGUUAGCUCAAGCCUCUUCUGUUGCAUCUUUAUCAUUGUGUACUAGUCCACCAUCUACUCCUCUAUCAUUAAAAAAUCAUACUUUGGGAUUGAAAUUUCCUACAACUCCUCCACCAUUAAAAAGACCACCAUCAGGCCCAGAAGAAUCUCUACAGACUGAAGUGUAUUCAUUGUCUAAGUCAAAAUCACAUGAAUCACAAUUAGCAAAUCGGCUUGAAAAUGGUGAAACAACUUCUAGUUUUGCCAAUGAACAAGGAGCAAUUGUAGGUAGGAGAAGUCGGUUACCUACGGAACCUGGUUCAUACAGUGGUGCCGAUAUUAUUGGUGAUAAUCUGUUACCAAACAGUAACAGUCCUAUCAAAUCUCCUCCUUAUUCCAGUGCUGAUAGCGAUGAUAAUAGUUUUAAGGGAACAGUGACAAGUCUUCAAGUGCCAAAGUCUCCAAGGACGCCAACGGUAACUCGCGGUAUGGGUCACGUUAUCAAUCACCGAUUUACGAAAACUUUCAAAAUGAUGACAACUUGUGAUUAUUGUGACAAACAAAUGUUUCUUGGAAGUGGUCUUAAGUGUAAAGAGUGCAAGUACAAGUGUCACAAAGAGUGCGAAUCGAAAGUGCCACCAUCAUGUGGCUUGCCGCAAGAACUUAUUGAUGAAUUUAAAAGGACUUUGCAAGCUGACGGUAUGGUAAGCGUUUCUCCGAUCCUAAAUAAAACAGUUAUGUCGCCGAAUCAUCAAACUCUACUGAUUCGGCGAGAUCGAAAAAGGUCACAUCCACAUCCAUCAAUGACUACGGCUUUUCAGAAACGUCGUAACGCCUCAUCCAGUUUACAAAUUCACUUUUGGCAUACUAAAUAUACGUGCCGUUACCAGGGUGCUGACUCUAGUUCAAAUACCUCGAGCUGCAAUAGCUCAACACCUUCUAGUCCUGCGUUGUUACCUGCCAAUGCUAACCAAACUCCCCAGGCGCCAGUUAAACAACAGUUCCACUUUCCAGACGUAACGUCUAAUGAUAAAGGCAUCACACUGGAAACACAUCGACUGGAUGGUACAAUGUCUAGCGAUAGUGAUCGAACAGUGAGUGUUUCUGGAUCUGGUAGCGUCAGUACAGAUUCAGAAAGAACCCCUAUUCGAGUUGACUCGCAAGAUUCGCAAGUAUCGGAUGGAGAACCAGGAGACAGUCGAUGGCCAAGGCAAAAUAGUCUUUCAAUGCGCGAAUGGGACAUUCCUUAUGAUGAACUGAAAAUCGGAGAAUCUAUUGGUACUGGUAGGUUUGGUACAGUGUACAGAGGCAAUUGGCAUGGUGAUGUAGCUAUUAAGGUGUUAAAUAUGGACUAUUAUUCUGACGAUGAUAAAACUCUUGAAGCAUUCAAAUUGGAGGUCGCAACAUUCCGUAAAACAAGACACGAAAAUUUAGUUUUAUUUAUGGGAGCUUGCAUGAAGCCCCCACGCUUGGCAAUAGUGACUAGUAUGAGUAAAGGCAUGACUCUUUAUACUCAUAUUCAUUUGCGGAAAGAUAAAUUUACUAUGAAUAAGACUACCAUUAUCGCACAACAAAUUUCUCAAGGAAUGGGGUAUCUUCAUGCUCGCGGAAUUGUUCAUAAAGAUCUCAAAACUAAGAACAUUUUCUUAGAAAACGGAAAAGUUGUAAUUACAGAUUUCGGUUUAUUUAGUGUUACUAAACUUUGUUAUGGCAACAGGAAAGGUAAUGGACUGAAUAUAUCUCCUGGAUGGUUAUGUUAUUUAGCACCUGAAAUUGUGAGAAGAUUAAAACCUCAACAAAACAGAGAUCAGGAAGAAUUACCUUUCACAACGGCAACGGACGUUUAUGCCUUUGGAACUGUGUGGUAUGAAUUAUUGUGUGGGGAAUGGCCAUUCAAAGGUCAACCUCCAGAAGCCAUCAUUUGGCAAGUAGGGAAAGGAAUGAAACAAACAUUGGCAAAUUUACAGGCCUCGCGAGAUGUAAAAGAUAUUUUGAUGCUUUGCUGGUCGUAUCAUCCCGAAAACCGGCCAGAUUUUGCAAAGCUGUUGACUACACUUGAAAAGCUACCUCGUAAAAGGCUAGCUCGUAGUCCUUCUCAUCCCAUUCAUCUUUCUCGUUCUGCGGAAUCAGUGUUUUAAAUACACUUUAAGUCUAUUUAAAUACGACGCUGUUCUUGUAGUAUAUAUGUAUGUGUGUGUAUAUAUAUGUAUAUAUAUAUAUGUAUAUAUAUAUAUAUAUAUAUAGCACUGUGAAUUAUCG